AUGCUCGGGUUUCCCACAGUACUGAAAUGCAGCACGAGGCAAACACGUCAUCCUAAAUGUUGCUCAGCGUUUUAAGUUUAGCUAGUCUGUUAGCUAGCAACACAGGAAGGAGAACCCACCACGUUCAGUCAUUUUAGAGCCGGGUUGCUAAUCGACACGGGGGACACGUAUUUCGUGGUCUUCACAGACAGCGUUAGUGUUGCUCUGAAAUGGAAGAUGUGGAAAUUACAGAUGUAGAUGACGGUGACUUGCCUCAGGUGGAGAAGGCGCCCGUCAAAAACCAGGAUCUGACUUUCCUCAGCCUGUCUGCAGGAAAUCUUCUGUCUGAGUAUGGAUGGUACCUGCUGGCUGUGACUGUGCUGGUCUACCUGAUCAUCCAGCACCUGAGCAAGAGAAGAUCCAGCCAGAACCCCCGCAGCCCACUCCCACAAACACCACAAGAUGCCGUGUUAGUGGCAAGAAGACAAGAAGCCAUGGAAGCAGCUCGGAGAAAGAUGCAAGAGGAGCUGGACGCCAAGGCAGCCCUCUUCAGAGAGAAGCAGACACAGCAAGAACAAGAGAAGAGGAGGCAGAAAAUCGAGAUAUGGGAGAGUAUGCAACAGGGAAAGAGUUACAAAGGAGCCACAAAAGUCUCUCAGACCACUGAAGAGGCCAGUUCAUCAACAGCUGUGCUGAAACCAAAGAACAACAAAAAGCCACUUCGCAGUGCUGACUACAAUCCUCUGACUGGAGAGGGAGGAGGCUCCUGCUCCUGGAGACCGGGCAGGAGAGGGCCGUCAUCUGGUGGAUGAGGUUAAAGAAGGUCAGAGACAUUGGUCUGCGUGACCUUUGACCUCUGACAUCCUCAAGUGCACACUGACUGACUGAACCAAGCUGACAAUCUCACCAAGCCCACACAUUAAGAUUUUUUUUUUUUUUUUUAACUUGCUCCAUUGAUCAGUUUGCAUCAUUAAUAGCAUAUACCUGCUGUCCUGUUUGAUUUUAUUUACUGUCUAAUCUCUGCGCUGCAGCCUUGUAAAGCAUCACAUUUAUUGUGUGAUUAUAUUGAAUCACGCUGUCCAGGGCUAAAUGUAUUGUGGAGUUGAAAGCUUGUAAUGAAGCCUUUCCUGUAAAUGGUACCUAACCAGCAGGUUUGGCUGAUAAAUUUCACAGUCAGUGCAUUUUUUCUAAUAUUUUCAUAUGUUUAUCAGUGUGUACCUCCAUAGUUUUAGAGUUGAUGUAACUACAGCGAUUGUAGCUGGAGGACAGAUGGUUAAUUACAACAACUAAUAUGUUCUCAUUAUAUAGUUACAGACAUUUUCAUCUGUCAAAAUGUAAGGAGGAUAUUGUACUGUUGCACACAUUUUUAUGCAAUAAAGAUAAAGAUAUGGUCACAGGGA